UUGAUAACGAAGCUAACGUUAGAGUCAUCAAUUUGCACCCAGGAGCCAUCGUUCAGUAAUGUGCAACACCUCGGCUGGAAUUUACACUCGUUCCAAUGAUUAUGGCGCUUCGCUGGGGUAUAGUAGGCGCUGGGAGUAUCGCGGAAAAGUUUAUCGACGCGCUAAGUACGAAUUUAACCACGGUAGAACAUAAGGUCGUUGCAAUCUGCAGCCAUGACGAAGAACGUGCUAAGAGUUUCGCGACAAAGUUUAAAAUCCAACGAUUCUACGCGGAUUACAAAAGUUUGGCGCAAGACGACAUGGUGGAAAUUGCUUAUAUAGCCGUUUUGAACCCACAACAUUACGAAGUUUGCCUCCUCAUGCUGCGCUACGGAAAGCAUAUUUUGUGUGAAACCCCAUUUUGCAUGAACGAGUGGCAGACUGACAAGGUCCUGCAGUACGCCAGGCAUCAUGAACUUUUCGCUAUUGCCGGAAUAUGGUCAAGAUUUUUCCCAUCAUACCAGCAUCUCAAGGCCAUGAUGGAAAGAAGGGAAAUCUUCGACAUCCGAGAGAUUUACGUGAAGCACGGUCUGAAAAGUGAUACGAAUCGGCGAGUAACACACAAAGCGUUAGGUGGCGGAGUUGUUCUGGACCUGGGUGCGUACGCAAUUCAGUUCGUUCUCCUCUGCUACAACGAGUAUCCAAAAUCCAUAAAAGCGACUGGGAAAAUCAACAGUGAUAAUGUCGACAUGUAUUUCGAAGCAGAUUUAAUGUUCUCGGGGAACCGAAUGGCGCGAAUUGUUUGCUCGGGUUUGGAAACAUACGACAACCAGGCGGUGAUCAUCUCGAAAAAAGGAACCGUUUGUCUUCCGUCCUACUGUUGUCCCCUCUCACUUAUUGAGCCCGAUUGCAACAUACGAACCUGGUGGAUCCCCGAAACAGAAAAAUACUCCAACGCAACCAAUUCUUGCAAUUACCUCGGACUGAGAUAUGAGGCAGAUGAGGCGGCCAAGUGCAUUCGAGCGAAAAGCAUUUACUCUCGAGUUCUAUCCCACGACGAAAUGAUUUUAAUUGCGCGAAUUCAAGAUGAAAUUAGGCGACAGAUUGGAGUGCGGUAUGACUGUGAUAAGAGGUGACUUCUCCACACCCUAAUCAAACCUGAAUUGUGAUUUAUGCAGUGACACAGUUAAUCAUGAAUUAUAUAAAGUCUAGGGAAUUUUGUUUUUAUUCAUUA